AUGCUGGGCGGCAAGAUUCAAGUGAAGAAGAGUUGGGCCGGACCCAAACAACAUGAGACAAAGAAGGUGAUUUGGAAGUGGGUCUUAGGCCUCAUUAAAAACCUACCAAGGAAAACCCAAAGGGACAAAACCUUGGCAGGGAAAAAGAGCACACUAAGAACCACUUGCCUCUUUAUCCCAAGUGUUGGGCUUCAAACAAACCAAGGUGGAAUGUUUAAGCUCUUGAUCAUGCCGACUCAAACGGCUAAGUACUCUUCCAAUGUCUUGGUUGAGCAACUUAGUUUGGGACCUUGUAACUGGACCAGUUGGUAUGGUCCAAAGCUUCCUCAGGUUCAAGCUGCUCCUCCUCAGCUACAAGCUCUCCAGCUGCUUCCUCUCCAAGUUCCUAGCAACCUCCUCCAUGAUCAUAUCAUCCCCUCCCUCUUGAAAAGGAUUUGUCCUCAAAUCUGGUUCAUCUGCAAGAAAAGGAGAAAGAUCAGUAACAUUAAAACUUGA